CAAUCCCGUUUGACGGAAAGGGGGAAAAAAAACAAAAGGGAUGGAAACGGGCAACGUUACCCGAGCCGAGCCGACUCGUUCGGCGCGCAGCCGUCGAUGCCAACGUGAGGCGAGUGACGCAAGCACAGCGCGAACGUCGGCGCACGCGCCAGCGCGCUCUACCGGCGACCUGACCGUACCUACACAUGCGGCUCACGCGCCUGUCGACAACCGGCCCCUCGCCGCUACGUUACAUCUACCACCGACAUCUCGACGGACCUCUCUCUCUAUCUCUCUCUCUCUCUCAAAGCAUUAGAAGACAGACGAAGGGAGGGGAGAAAAAUCAGUUAACGGAACAUGGACGGAACGGAAACGGUAACCGUUCAGGGACGUCCGUCUCUUCCCAUCCGCGAAGAUUGCUGGAGCGAAGGUGCAACCCUCACCCUCAUUGAAGCUUGGGGCAGCCGUUACCUCGAGUUGAACCGCGGCAACCUCCGCCAGAAGCACUGGCAGGAGGUCGCCGAUGCUGUUAACGCUCGUCAUGGCGCCGUCAAGAAGCAGCGCCGCACCGAUGUCCAGUGCAAGAACCGGAUCGACACCCUCAAGAAGAAAUAUAAGCUCGAGAAAGCUAGGGUUUCUUCCUCCCCUGACGGAACCGUAACGUCGACGUGGCCGUUUUUCUCCCGUCUAGACGCCCUAAUCGGCCCCGCUGCCGCGUUGAAGAAACCCUCGCCUCCUCUUGCCCUUCCGUUGCCCUACCGGAAAACCCAUCCAGCUCUUCCGCAGGCCGCUGCCGUCCGUCCACUCAAAGAGAAGCGGUCGGCCACCGUCGCUGUCGACGAUGCUUUCUUCCGCCGGAAUUAUAGUGCCGCGGCGGCGGCCGCUGCGGCCGAUGUGGAUUCUGGAUCGUCGAGAUCGAGCACGGAGAGCAGGCGGCGUGAUGAUGGCGAUGACGCGGACGGGUUCCGCCAGCUGGCGCAGGCGAUCGUGCGAUUCGGUGAGAUCUACGAGAGGGUGGAGGGGGCAAAGCAGCGGCAAAUGAUUGAGCUGGAGAAGCAGCGGAUGGAGUUUGCAAAGGGGUUGGAGUUUCAGAGAAUGCAGCUGUUUAUGGAUUCACAGGUCCAGCUCGAGAAGAUCAAACGGGCGAAGAGGGCUGCUGCCAAUGGGGCGAGGCAUGUGAUCCACACCUAGGCAGUUAGGGCACCUUUCAGCUCCCUUCUACAAGUGACCACUUUGCUCGUAAUAUUUUUCUCGGGAAGUGGCUUGGAGGUUUGUCUCAGAAGGUGACUCCUUAUCGAAGUGACUGCUUGCAAAUAUGACAAUUCUUAGGGUUGUCAGGUUUAUUAUGAGGGAUUCCUCCCUUUACAGGGCAUCUUGGAUAUGGAAAGUGGUCUCCGGCAUGAAAAGUGACUUUCUGAAGGCGGAUUUAUAGGUGAUGGAUCUUGCACUAGAUUCUGGGAAGAUGUUUGGCGUGACUCUUCAUCUCUAUAUGAACGCUUUCCUUGCCUCUAUCAGCUGGCAAUCGACAAAGGAGUGAUCUCCUUUCAGGUUUAUUGCAGAUUCAGGGAUCAAGGUGUUCGGUUUCCUUGCUUUAGAGAGGCAUUAUUUGAUAAUGAAAACGAGGACUUAGCCUUUUGGGUCUUCUUUAUACUCAAUGCCCAAUAAAGGGAUAGGAACUCGUGGAGAUGUAUAGAGAGCAAUGUGUUCUUAGUGAUGUCUUUUGACUAUAUGCUGUAGGGGUUGACCAGGAUGCAGCUGGUGCCCCAAUGAAAUUCAUUUCAAGGAUCCUGGGCCCUCCUAGGUUUGUCACCAUUGGUUGGUGGGGAGGGAUAUAGUUCUUAUGACAACUAGUAGAAAUCUCAUUAUCCCGUAUGCUUGCAUCCUGUGCUUGAGAGAUGAGGAGACUCUGGAGCAUAUUUUUAUGCAAUGUGAUUUCUCCUCAGAGAUGUGUUGGGAUUCUUUUGGCCAUUUGAGAUCAACUGGGUGAUGCCAGAGAGCAUUUGAUCCUGCUUCCAAGCCUGACAGUGUGGAUGUAGAGGAAAGAAAAGAAAGACUCUGGAGAUUAUGCCUUAUAGCAGGGCUUUGGUUGGUCUGAAAGGAAAGGAAAAACAGAUCCUUUUGUAUGAACUCAAGUCUACUAUGCAGGACUAUGCUAGAAAUUGAGCCAUCUCUUGGACUUCAUUCCUUUAGUUGUUCAUUGGUUGUAAUAGGGAGUCCUUGGAGGCCUCCUGAGGGCCUGUUUCGUCUCUUUUUUAGCUGGAUGAUUUCUUUUCAUCUCUUGGCAGUCUUUUGGCCCUUUGCUCUUUCUAAUAAAACAGUGCUGCCAUUAAAAAUAAUAAUUUCCUUUGUACAUUUUUCCUAAUGCUUUCAGUUUUGAGUUUUCCCUUUACAUUUGUUUUGUGUGUAGAAAUUCUUGAUAACCAUCUUUGCAUAGAGACGCGCAGAAAAGCAUUUAUAACCUAGUUGUCAUUGACGAUUGGUGCUGAACCGGGCUGGUGUGAGAUACUUGUUGCACAGACAUUGUCAUAUGAUAGGGUGUGUACAAUCCUGGUUGUACGGCUUUCUUUCAAAUGUUUAGAUCUACUCCUGCUGAACACUUGAAAAUCUGUUUAUGCAUAUCCUUUGUCAUUAAGAUGACAGUACUUUUGAGUGCUAAUGCUAAAAAAAAUCUCCUUAUGGAUCUGCCCUUGACUAGGAUUUAUUUGUUCUUUAAUGGCAAUAUCAAACUAUGUAAAUCAUGAUCACAGUAGCUCAGCUCAGUAUAAUUGAUUUGAAAUUUUCUCCUACUUUUUUGUAUUUCAGAUAGUUAUUUGUAGUUAGCCAUGUGGAAUGAAGCUUUGCAACUGGAUGCUGUUCCUGCUUGGGCAUAU